UGUCUUUUAAUGAUGAGCUGCUGUCUGAGGAAGAGGUGGAGGAUCUUGACCAGGUGGCGCUCUCGACCAGCUGGAACAGCCAAGGGAAAUUCCUGCACCAUCUUGCCCAGCAGGGGGCGCUGCGGCAACGAAGGCAGGCCUCCGCUAAAGGGAAGCGGGCCCGGCCACGCCGACCCAGCGCCGUCUCCGCGGCACAUUACGAAGUCCAGCGAAGGUCGUGCUGGGAUCCAGGCAGAUGCCAACGGGACCAUCCACGGAUGGGCAGAAGCCAACCUCAACACCACGAGCCCCCUCCGCUACGACCGGAGCCGCAAGGAGUUCACUGUGGUCAAGAGGGGCCUCUAUUACCUGUACUGCCAGGUUCACUUCAACGAAGGCAAGACCAUUUACAUGAAGCUGGACGUGAUGCUGGACGACCAGCUGGCUUUACGGUGUUUGGAAGAGUUUUCUCCGACCAGCUCCGGACCUCAGGAGCCCGAACUGAAGGUCUGCCAGGUCUCUGGGCUUGUUCUCCUCGCGCCGGGGGAGUCCAUCCGGCUGCGGACCAUCCCGAAGGUUCGACUGAAAGCCGACCGCUACCUCACUUACUUUGGCCUCUUCCAAGUCCACCCCGCUUGGCCGCCGGACCCUGCGCCUUCUUCCGCUUCUCCACUCGGUUCGCUGGAUGCUGCUGAAGUCCUUUUUCUGAAUGUCGACGGCCUGGAAUCAGGGGGCCACGAUAAAACGGAGGCAUAUCUGGAUAUUGAGACGGCGCUGCCAGGCGCUGCUGGCAGGAGGCAAGAAAACACCGAAGGAGGAGAAGAAUCCGGAUCGAGGCCAGGGCUCGACCGAGAGCCUCCUUCACUCCUGGCGACCCUCUGGGUGGGGGCGUGUGCCCUGGGCGUGGGUCUCCUGGCCUGCCUGUUCACGCUGGCCAGCCUCCAGAGCCGCCUGGAAAUGUUGCACGAGGAGCUGUCUCUGCUGCGGGGAGAGCUGAAGGUCGAGGCGGAUGCCAGAGGCAAGCCCGAAGCACUGCAGGAAACCACUUCAAGGUGUGUUCGUCCCCGAAGAGGGUGGCUGCCAACUGUCCUCUCCUGGCCUGGCUGCUCUGCUUUUAACAAACAGAGGUUACCCUUGCACUCAUUCAGCCCUUGCUGCAUGCUCCAAAAAGCUGCACGGUCGACAUUUUCUGUGCAUCAGGAUCCUGUGAAAAGCACAGGCACCGUGUCGAUUAAAAAAAAAAAGACGAAGGGAGUCGGUGUGACCCUCCACGAAUCAGCUGGCGAUCUUGCAUGCAAAGGUUUGAAAAGACGCAAGGUGUUUUCAAGGAAGGCCAGACCGGUCCCCUCCCGGCUCCCCUCCCAGCAGCAGAAUAUAUCCCAUUUACCUAGGGAAGACGUUUGCCAUAAAGAGGCUGCUGAGAGCCCCAGUGAGUUUGUGGUGCCCCCUCUUCUACACCCGAGACCUCCCAUGUUCCUGGAAAGAAAGAGGCGGGAUGCUGCGAAGACCUCACACAGGCAGGGCCGUCAACGGAGAAAACAAUCCGUCCUCCAUCUGGUCCCAGUUCGUCAUCACAGCAACGAUGAGGGGGAUUCCACGGAGAUCUGGUGGGAACCUUUCCUGCAUCAAGGUGGAGCGUUGGUGCCGAGCGGCCAGGAGGUCUUGGUGAAGCACACGGGGCUUUACUUCAUUUACAGCCAGGUGCUGUUCCAUGACCCCAUGUUCACUAUGGGGCAGGUCCUGAUGCGAAUGCCUGUGGGGAAGCCGGACCAGAUCUUGUUCCGCUGUGUCCAGAGCAUGCCAUCCGACCCAGAGAAGGCGUACAACAGUUGCUACAGCGGAGGCAUCUUCCACCUGCACCAAGGGGACCGCUUGAACCUUCGCAUCCCGCGCUUCAACGCUUCUUUCGACGCCAGCGCCCACGGGACCUUUUUGGGGCUCCUCCGUCUAUAGGGUCUGCCUCCUUGGCCUCCCCCCCUUCCAAUCAAAGACACUUUUUUUGGGGAUGGGUGGGGGAGUGUCGUAGAAGCCGUGGUGCCAGAGCACAGAUGUAGAUAGUUUUUUGAGACGUUGCCCUGAUCUCCGGGAGAAUCCUGAACUCCAGCCAGAGACGCCACUGGUGUACACGGGUUUGUGGUCGUUUGGGUUGAUGAUGCGCCCGAGAGAACUGGGUGGUUCUGUCCCCGGCUUCAAGGGGGGAGAUGGACUCUGAGGCCCACAGGUCGCUACACCGAGGAGCUGAUCCUCGUGGCAGAAAAAGGAGCAUAAAGCGCUUAUGCGACAGACUGGACACUAGAAGGCCCUCCACCCCUCUGUUCCUUUUUUUCAAGACAGAUGAAUUCCUCGCCCAUGCUGGAGAGCUCGGUGGGUUGGAGCACCUGGCUGUGGAGCCUGGCGUUAGCACCCUGAUUCCCCACCGAGCCUCCUGGGAAGACAGCCAGCAUGUGAAGGCUCCCAGAGCAUCUCCAGAAGAAAUGAUCGGUCAGCCACUUUGGAGGACUUUGAAGGAAAACCUGGAAAGGGUCGCCACAAAGUCGGAAUCAAUGCUGACAGCACCGAAUUC